CGAGGAGUUACAAGGGAAAUUAGCCAGUGGUGAAAUCAAAGAGCUGCUCAACUACUGGAAAAGCCCCACGUGAAGAGCCUGUUGUCGGUCCACGACACGGUCGCCCAGAGGAGGUACGAUCCUGAGCUACCUCCAUUGCCUGAUGACAUUGACGACGAUGAGGACUCUGUGAAGAUCAUAAGACUAGUGAAAAACAAGGAGCCUCUUGGAGCAACGAUAAGUCGAGACGAACAAACAGGAGCCAUCCUCAUCGCUCGGAUCAUGAGAGGAGGAGCAGCUGACAGAAGUGGGUUGAUUCAUGUCGGGGAUGAACUGAAGGAGGUCAAUGGAAUCCCUGUGGAUGACAAGAAACCAGAGGAAAUUAUUCGUAUUCUGGCCCAGUCUCAAGGAGCCAUCACCUUUAAGGUGGUUCCUGGUCUCAAGGAGGAUGCAACAACCAAGGAGCCUAAGGUCUAUAUGAAGGCACUCUUUGACUACGACCCUAUGGAUGACAAAGCCAUCCCAUGUAAAGAGGCUGGACUGGCUUUCAAGAAGGGUGACAUCCUUCAAAUCAUGAGUCAGGAUGAUGCAACCUGGUGGCAGGCUAAACAUGAGGGGGACGCCAAUCCCCGUGCCGGCCUAAUCCCGUCCAAACAGUUUCAAGAGAGGAGAUUCGCACUGCGUCGAUCUGUUACGACUCUCCCAUCCCUGAGAAGCUCUACCCGGCGGGCAUUCACAGGGGAUGCACCUCAGACAUGUACCACAGACUGUGUUUCUCUAGAUGAUGUGGAGAUAGAGUUCGCUGAGGAGAUUGAAGAGGAUGCCGACUAUAGUAGUGGAUUCCACCUAGCUGGUUUCAGGAGAAGCUUCCGUCUCAGCAGGAAGGACAAGAAGACCAACAAGUCCAUGUAUGAGUGUAAGAAGAGUGAACUGUAUGACAUGGCAGACGUGCCCACAUAUGAGGAGGUCACUGCGUACCGCCGGCAGAGUGGGGCCAAGCACAGACUGGUUGUACUGGUCGGACCCACAGGCAUUGGUAUGAAUGAGCUGAAGAGGAAACUAUUGAUCUCAGACCCCCAGCACUUCAGUGUAACCAUCCCACACACAACUCGGGCCAAGAAGAACCAGGAGAACGAUGGCGUUGAAUACCACUUCAUCGCCAAACAUCUUUUUGAGACGGAUAUCCACAACAACAAGUUCAUCGAGUAUGGCGAGUACAAAGGGAAUUAUUAUGGGACAAGUCUGGAUUCUGUACGCUCCGUUCUCUCUAAGCACAAAGUGUGCUUAUUGGAUGUCCAGCCCCAUACAAUCAAACACUUGCGUACAGCUGAGUUCAAGCCCUUCGUUGUGUUUGUGAAACCACCAUCAAUUGAGAGACUGAGGGAAACGAGGAAAAAUGCCAAAAUCAUAUCAGGCAAGGACGACAAGGGAACAGCCAAGCCCUUUACGGAGGAUGACUUCCAGGAGAUGGUGAGAACUGCCCAAAUCAUGGAGACUCAGUAUGGACAUCUGUUUGAGAAAGUCAUUGUCAACGAUGACCUCUCAACUGCCUUUAGUGAGUUGCGUUUGGCGCUGAAGAAGGUGGAGACGGAGAAUCACUGGGUUCCAGUCAGCUGGACUCACUCCUGAGACCUGCACAACACAUAAGAGGGAAAAUAAGGCAAGGGCUUUGACAAAACUAUGCAGGUUUUUAUCUUUGUGUCUGCUGUGGCUGGUGUCGGGGGGGAAUAAAACAUGACAUUGCCAGACUGCUGGGUCGCCGUACUUGAGCUGCACAGAGCUAAAAACUGGCUCUAAACUUUAGCCACGGUUUGGAUAUGGAUGUUCAAGUCUGACCAGAUCUAACACUACUCUGGGUCACGCUCAGGGCGUCUGUCCAGGGUACAGUCCUUGGACAUUACAUGUGGGUCUUAGUCUGGGUCAUAACCAGGGCACGAGUUGGAUUUCUUUAGUCCAAACCAGAAUGUGGAACGAGCCUGGACCAUCACAGCAUCAGCAGUUCUGCCAGCACAUCAACAACCCCGCCAACCAGGAAUCCCAAUUUUAGCGUGUUUAUAACUGUAGACCAUUAGAAACCAAAGGGAUUGAUAUAUUUCUUCAUGGUGGACGAUUUACAUGCACAUGUCUGUAAAAGAACACAACUUAUGAGGGGAAAAUGGGCAGAGAAGAAACUAUAUUUGCCUUGUGUCUUACUGUAUUUCUGUGUUUCUAAAAUGCUUCCAUGACUGUUACUCCAACAUCCAAACAAAACAUUUGUCAGGUACACUUUCAAGAAAGGGCAAUAAGUGUAUUUUAUUUAAGAGAAAUUAAUAUAUUUUCUAAUAUCUUCCAGUUAUUUUUUCAUACUUUUUAUAUACAUACCUUGACAUUUGAGCAACCUGAUCCCAACUGUAGCCACCUCUCUGUCAGCCUUUUAUGCUACAGGCGUCUCCUCUUGCAGUCGGGUGUUUUGAUUUCAUCUAGUUUUCCCCCUACAAAGCACAUACAGAGCCAUUUUAUUUAGGUGUUACAUAUUCCAUUUAGGAGCAUUUUGAAAAGCCACCCUUCAUAUGAAGGUGCCCAGCAUAACAGCUUUGCCAUUUAAAGUCCCACAACUGGACACAUUUGGCAGCGUGUAAGAAGAAAAUGUUCACAAUUGUGUUUUAUUAGGGUGGAGUCUUUAUUUUUACUCACAUAAAAAUUGCUUUAGUAAGGCUGCUAAUAGAGGGUCCAUCGCACACCUCCAGCUUCGAAAUGCUAAGUAGCUGCUCCUGGCUUUACGAGAGUUAUGAAUUUAUUGCUAACAUGAGCCUCCAAUUCCCAGUCAUACUUAGUCAUUUUCUUUUACUCAGUACUUAAUAUUUUAUAUCUCUAUCAUAUAGAUAAUUAGCUUCCACAUCUGGGUCAUUAAUUUUUUUUAAGCUUCUUAUAAUCUCGAGUAUCAUUAUUAUUAUUUCAAAGUUUUGCUAAUGCUUUGAGUUGGAAUAAGAUGAACAAUAUUGCUUGACAUCUAUAACUACAUUUUAUGAGGCUUCAGAGUCAUGAAUCAAAAAGCCUAGGUUAGCUUAGCAUCUAGUUAGGACUGAAAGCAGAGAAAGAAAAUAAUUAGCCUGUCUGGAAAUUAGCCGGGCGCUUUCCAAAGUAUAUAAAUAUUACUUGCACAGUUAUGUGAGGGUACAAACUUGUGCUUUUUACAUUUCUGUUUUCAUAUGGAUUAAGCAACAGGGUGAAACAUGUCAUUUAAUUAGUGUUUCAAAUGUGGAAAAAGCUAUGCUACCUGUUUCCUUCCAGCAAAUGAUCAUUCUUUGCUAGGCUGAUGUCUGUUGAUGCUAGUUUGGUACUGAAUAUAAAGACAUGAACAUGGUAUUGAUCUUCUUAUCGAACUCUUAAGAAAGUGAACUAAUGAACAUCAGAAAAUUAUUGUAAUCACUUAAUACUUCUUUAAAAUUUGAAAAAUCAUCAUAUAAAUUCUCAGAAACAUGAUGAUUCUCCCAUAUGCUAGCUGUGUGACCAACACAGUGUAUCUUGCCCAAUGUCUUUUUCUGUAUAUUUAUUUUUACUUUUUUAUUAAACAACAAUAUCCAUGUUUGAUUGUCGUCAAUUUUCAAAGAGGUGAUAAGGACAACAGUAUCAUGUUAAAGUAUCAUGUUAAAGGGACUCUCACAACCCUCCUGAUCUUAGAUGUUUUUUUUUUGUUUUGUUUUAGUCUACUUUUGCGUUCCCUUUUUAUAAAUCUUCUAGUUCCCCACCUUGUAGCUCAUCCCUCUGCUGUAUUAUUAAUCAGAAUCAGAUUAGUACAGUCACCAGAAAUAUUUUUAAUUCCUUGCUGUAAUUGAAAUGCUGUUUAUGAGGCAAGUUGUAUGAAAUGACAUAUUCUUGAUAACUGCAACAUUUUAUAUUAAAACAAAUCCCAACUAAA